UAAUUUUGGACCGUCACCAGAGCUCAUGACUCCAAAACUAUCAAAAAUCUCGAACUGAUGGCCAUGGCGUCCAUCGUUGCUGCUGCUCCUACCACAUUUGUGUGCUCGUCGUCAUCCGCCGCCAGAGGCACAAAAGCAGCCGCCUUCCGCCGCAAAGACCCGAAAUUUCAGCUCUGUUCUGUGGUUCCGCCACUGGGUCUCAGCCCUUUCUCGCCAUGGACUGGGUUGAAGCAUCUGGGCGUCUCGUUCGCACCGAAGUCUUUGAAAUUAGAGAGGAAGAGAAGGUGUAAGGGUAUGGUGGUUUAUGCAUCGCUGUUUGGUGUUGGAGCUCCUGAGGCUCUGGUUAUUGGAGUAGUGGCUUUGCUGGUUUUUGGUCCCAAGGGACUUGCUGAGGUUGCUAGGACAUUAGGAAAGACUUUGCGUGCUUUUCAGCCCACCAUUAAAGAACUUCAGGAAGUUUCAAGGGAUUUCAAGAGCACCCUUGAAAAGGAGAUCGGUCUUGAUGACAUUUCUAGUUCAACAAUAGAUGCAUUCAAUGGCAAGAAAAUGGAUACUACUUCAACCCCUUCAUCAACUACCAUGACUGAAGAUUCCAAAACUACGAUUGAAGAUUCCAAAACCACGGAUGAAGAUUCCAAAACUCCAGACAUUUCAAGUUUAUCGUCAAUAGAUGCAUACAAUGCCAGAAUAAUGAGCAAGAAUUCAACUUCUUCAUCAACUGCCACGGCUGACCCCAAUGGGGUUCCGUCACCACCCAGAGCAUACACCGCAGAAGAGUACUUAAAGAUCACAGAGGAGCAGCUAGCAGCUGCCCAAAAGAAGGCACAGGUAUCUGCUCCAGCAGAAAGUCAGGUUGAACCUCAGACUCCAUCUCAAGAUACAGCUGAAGAAACUGCUGCAAAAACGCCUUCACCCCAACCACCUCAAACUGUUGAAGAAACUGCCGCUGGAACGCCUUCACCCCAACAACCUCAAAGUGAGACAUAAGAACAACUCACAGUUGAUUGACGGAUGCUUGCCAAUUUUUCGUAACUCUCAAAUUUGUCAAGUUCGAGACAUGAAGCUUGACGGAGGAUGAAUGGAGCUGAGAAAUCCCACUUUUGUUGUUCCUUCUCAAUUUUUGUUGAUGGAAAUAGUUUAAGUCCAUAGAAUUUCUGUAUAAUUGGGUACAAAAAGGUGCCUGUAAUCUCAUCUAAGAGCAUGAUUUUGACCUAGUACUGAUGCAGAAACGCCAUCUUUUUAGAAAGUGACAUUUCGGUUUGUUUCGGGUU